AUGUCAUUAGAUAUGCUCAAAGAGCUAGGCACUCUACUUUCUUUUUUGAAUAACAUUUCAAGCUAUAUUGGAGAUUAUUGUUUAAAGCCCGAAACUAUAACAACGGAUACUUCGGAAACUAUAAUUAUAAUUGCUGAUACAAUAAAUAUAGUGAAUAAUUUGUAUAGCGGCCCUGGAGAUCCUAAUGAUAUUAUCAAUAGAGAUA